AUGCGUUUUCGUGACACUUGGGCCCUCGUGGCCACCGCUGUGCUGUUGCAGCUAGACUCAGCAGCUGCAUCGUCCCCGGGAUCGCCGCUUUCCUGGAAGGCGGCAUCUGAAAAGGCCAGCCGUUUUGUGUCCCAACUUGACACGUCCGAGAAGGUCGGCCUCGUCUCCGGAGGCUACCUUAGCAAAAGCCUGGCUUGCGUCGGGGCAAUUGGAGCUAUUGAACGCCUUGGUUUCGAGGGGAUAUGCUUCUCAGAUGGGCCGAGUGGUUAUGCUCGCUCAGAUGGCGUUAGCGUGUUCCCGUCUGGAAUCACUGUGGCAGCGACUUGGGACAGACAACUCAUGUACCAGCGCGCUGUCGCCAUUGGAACCGAGUUCAGAGACAAAGGCUCUCACGUUCAUCUAGGACCUUCGUCGGGGCCAAUAGGUCGCCAUGCGCUGGGAGGAAGAAACUGGGAAAGCUUUGGUCCGGAUCCAUACCUCGCAGGCAUUGCCAUGGCUGCUUCAGUAUCUGGUAUCCAGUCCGUCAGUGUUCAGGCAUGCUCCAAACACUACAUUGGAAACGAACAAGAAACCCAGCGAACUCAAACCACCCAGGAUGACGGAACUGUCAUAGAAGCCAUUUCUGCCAACAUUGACGAUCGCACACUCCACGAACUAUAUCUGUGGCCCUUUGCAAAUGCCGUCCAGGCGGGGACGGCAACUGUUAUGUGCUCCUAUAAUCGCGUCAACGGAACCUACUCCUGCGCUAACCCGGAGACGCUGUCGAUCCUGAAGGACGAGCUGGCGUUUCCAGGAUAUGUCGUAUCUGACUGGUACGCCACCCAUGGAACGACGGACUUUGCCAAUGCUGGGCUGGAUGUUGAAAUGCCAGGCAAUGUGAGCGCGCUCGCGGGUCCAGCGUAUUUUGGCGAGUUGCUUCUCGAGGCCGUCAACAACGGCACUGUAUCGAAAGCCCGCCUCAGCAACAUGGCUGAAAGAGUUCUCACACCAUAUUUCGCUUUGCGCCAAGACAAGAACUUUCCUUCCUUGGAUCCUGCCAACGGGGCUGCCAUGUUGACCUACCAGUACGGCCAUGGUUCCAGCCUUGCCGCGUACUACCCAGAAGUCCCCGCCCGCGAUGUUCGCCGUGACCACGCGAAGCUGAUCCGCGAAGUUGGCGCUGCGGGAACAGUCCUGCUUAAGAAUCUGAACGGAACUCUGCCCUUGACAGGGGAGAAGCAAUUCGGCGUUUUCGGAAACGACGCUUCGUAUCCGACUAUUGGCUCGGUCUUCCUCGGUAGCCAAACAGAAGGCUUUGAGAUGGGCACGGUCGAUAUUGGCGGCGGGUCAGGAACCGUUCGACAUACGAAGCUUGUGACACCUCUGGAGGCUAUUCAGAAGCGUGUCGAUGCCCUCGGCGGUCGGGUGCAGGUCCUCCUUGACAACAACGAGAUAAUGGAUGGCCGAUUCAGGACGAUUUAUCCGACUCCUGAAGUCUGUCUUGUCUUCCUCAAGGCAUACGCUGGAGAAGGUCAUGACAGGCAGUCAAUUGACCUCGAGUGGAACGCCACGGCAGUUGUGGAGAGUACAGCAUCUAUAUGUACAAACACGAUUGUCGUCGUACACGCCCCUGGGGUUAUUUCGAUGCCAUGGGCGGACAACGAGAAUGUCACAGCCAUCUUGUUGGCCCACUACCCAGGAGAGCAGUCUGGCAAUUCUAUCGUCGAUCUUCUCUGGGGCGACGUUGAGCCAUCGGGCCGUCUCCCAUAUUCGAUUCCCAAGAACCAGUCAGACUACGGCCCAGCUAUAGUCAACCUGACGUCUUCAGACAUCAGUCCCGAUGCAUGGAAUGCAGAUUUCAACGAGGGGCAGAUGAUCGAUUACCGGCACUUCGAUGCUGAAGGUAUCGACCCGGCGUAUGAGUUCGGGUUCGGGCUUUCUUACACAAAGUUCCAGAUGGGGCGUGAUCUUCAGAUCAAGGUCAAGUCUGGGGUAUCCAGUCUCGCAGAUAAAUCCAAGGGUAUUGCUCCUGGAGGACUUAAAGAUCUUUGGGCGACUGUCGCAAAUGUUACAGUCGAGAUAAGCAACGUGGGAAGCUCUGCAGGCUACGCUGUGCCUCAACUAUAUGUCUCCUUCCCCAAGGACACCACUCCUGAAAACACGCCUGUCAAAGUGCUUAGGGGCUUCGAGAAAGUGCAUCUUAAGCGUGGGGAAAAGAAGAAGGUAUCGUUUGAACUUAUGAGAAGGGAUUUGAGCUUCUGGGCUGCGACUGAAAAGAGGUGGGUAAUUCCCGAUGGAAAGUUUACUUUUCGAGCUGGAUUCAGCUCCAAGCUUUUGAUGGUUGAGGCCAAGGCUACCAUUUCAAAAUGA